ACCUUGUUUUCGAUGAAUCCUAUAUGGAACACAACCUUUGAAUACUUCUCCCCUGUUCUCCACUUCCCACAAUGAUCCCUCUCUCUAUUUCUGCAAUUUUCAAUCUCUUUUCUGAAUACAAACAGAGAUAUUAAUUAAUUAAAAGCAUAAAAUAAUUUAGUUAAUUUAAUUUUAUUAUCCAGCUAUAGCUGUUGCCAGUUCUUACUGAAUGAAUUAUUGUGGCUGAACAACUUAGAUCAGAGUUGGUUAUUCUUUCCCAAGAACAACAAUAAUGCCCCGUGGAGUACUAGAAGUGGAUCCACCACCUCCAGCAUCUAAUGAAGAGCCAUCCCCUAAGAAAACUGAUACAACUUUGUUCUUCCUUGGAGGGAUAGUGAUGUUCAUCGUAUUGUUGAUAAUUUUGGUUGUAUUUUGGAAGCGUAUCAAAGGGAGCAAAAAUACAACACCUCCUAAAACUACUAAAGGCAAACAAGGGAAACUUACUGAAACAGCAGAAGUUAUGGAUAUGAUGUUUUCAUCUAAACAACAGCAAGGAUCCAUGGAGUUGUUGAGUGGGAACCUUAGGACAAUUAGUUACUUUGACUACCAGAUAUUAAGAAGAGCAACCAAGAAUUUUUCUCCUACUAAUCUUCUUGGAAGUGGUGGAUUUGGGCCUGUCUAUCGGGGAGAAAGAGAGUUUCUGGCAGAGGUGAGGUUGAUCACAAGUAUCCAACACAAAAAUCUCGUUCGCCUUCUUGGAUGUUGCAUAGAUGGACCACAAAGGAUACUUGUCUAUGAAUACAUGAAGAACAGAAGUUUGGACUUCUUCAUAUAUGGGAACAAUGCUGAUCGAUUCCUGAAUUGGAGCACUAGGUUCCAAAUUGUUCUAGGCGUGGCAAGGGGAUUGCAGUACCUUCAUGAGGAUUCACAUCUAAGAAUUGUUCACCGAGACAUCAAAGCAAGCAACAUUCUUCUUGAUGAUAAGUUUCAUCCCAAGAUUGGAGACUUUGGCCUUGCCAGAUUCUUCCCUGAAGACCAAGCUUAUCUUAGCACACAAUUCGCUGGAACAUUGGGUUAUACAGCACCUGAAUACGCUUUAAGAGGAGAAUUAUCAGAAAAGGCGGAUAUCUAUAGUUUUGGAGUUCUGUUGCUCGAAAUUAUUUGUUGUAGAAAAAACACAGAUCUCACUUUGUCAUUGGAAAUGCAGUACCUCCCUGAAUAUGCAUGGAAACUUUAUGAGAACUCAAAGAUUAUGGAGCUUGUAGAUCCAAAGCUGAAAGAAGAGGGGUUCGUGGAGAAAGAUGUUAUGCAAGCAUUCCACGUGGCAUUCCUCUGCCUCCAGCCACUUGCAAAUCUAAGACCUCCGAUGUCAGAGAUCGUGGCACUCUUGACAUUCAAAAUUGACAUGGUCACAACACCAAUGAGGCCUGCGUUUCUUGAUCGAAGGCGCAAAACUGAUUUUCAAACCCCUUCCCCAGAAGUAAUAUCCAUGCUUUCACAUCUCCCAUGAGUAGUCUUAUGUAGUAACCAGAAGGAUUGCUUAAACGGAUCUAUAUUCAGAACAAAUUCUUGUAUAUUCAUAAAUAAUACAUGUAUUAAAAACAAUCAAUAUCACUUAUGAGUAGUCUUAUGAUGGA